UUUUGCAGAUUUUCAUCCCGUUGCAUGAUGAAAUCACAAACCAUAUAUUUUUGUUGGUUAUGAAACUAAAGGAGAAAAUUGCCAAGUUGUGGGAUUUUGUGCCGGAAUUGACAUCAUUGAAUAGACGAAUUGAGAUAGCAAGAGCCACCAUGCUUCUGCUACAGACGGUGUUUGCAAGUGCAAUGUCAAAGUCCUCCAAUGUUUAUUACAAUUUUCCCUCCUUUCGCCUCUCAUUUGCAGAAGGUAACCCAACCACAUACAACAAAUAUAACAGUGGGAUCUACAUCAUGAUGCAGAUGAAGUGUUAUUCAAUUAUACAUCAUUGUGGAAGAAUUGCUCGUUCAAUCUCCUUAAUCUGGACCUUUUGUCAUAUCUACACUUUGCAUAGUUAUGGGAACUAACCACCUUUUCUCAGAAACAAUUUGCCUCCAAAACUCUUGACUCUCAAGUGCAUGCUCGAGUACAUUAUACAGAU